AUGUCUUCUAAACGCAUUGUGCUCAUCACCGGUGCCAACACCGGCAUCGGGUUCGAGACCAUCAGGGCCCUCCUGCAAUCUAAAGGACCUUAUCACAUCAUCAUGGGGUCGAGGUCUCUUGACAAGGGCGCAGUUGCCAUUUCAGAACUUGAAAAAGAGUUUCCAUCUACGACCAGCUCUCUGGAAGUCCUACAAGUCGAUAUUGUGGACGAUGAUUCCAUAACAAAGGCUUUUCAGAGCAUUAAGGACAAGCACGGGGUCCUCGAUGUUUUGGUAAACAACGCUGGCGCCAGUUACGACUUCAACCCUCAGAACUACAACCCAGAGGAUAUUAAGGCCCUCCGUCAAAACUUCAAUAAAUCAUAUGAUGUCAAUACGACAGGCACGCAUGUCAUCACCCACGUAUUCGUUCCUCUUCUUCUCAAAUCCUCCGACCCCCGCAUUUUGUUCGUAACUAGCGGCCUCUCCAACCUCCACGGCAUUGAAACCCUUGGCUUAUUGCCCUUUCAGCCCCAGAGUGUCCCGCCGGCGGGUUGGCCGAAGCCCUUCACGGCGCAGGCAGGAUACCGCUCGAGUAAAACCGCGCUCAACAUGGUUAUGCUCCAUUGGCACUGGUUACUUAAGGCCGACGGUGUCAAGGUGUGGUGCAUCUCUCCAGGGUUCCUGGCCACUGGCUUGGGUGGAAACCCCGAACUGUUAAAGAAGAUGGGCGCGGGCGAACCAAGCCAGGGCGGCUUUCUGAUCAAACAGGUUGUGGAGGGUGAGCGGGAUGCUGAUGUUGGAAAGGUUGUGAACAAAGAUGGAAUUCAACCUUGGUGA